UUGAUCAAUAAUAUCACCGCAUCGUAGUCAUGGGAAGUUUACCUAAUCGGAGCGGUUAUGCACUAUUUGCAGUAAUUAUCGUAUUGCUGUUCGGGUUCAGUUUCGGAAAAAGCAAAGACUAUUGCAGUAGUACAUACAAAAGCUUAUGCAAACACAAGGGCGAUCAUGUUGGAUGCCGCCCAAAAGAUUUUUCAGAUUACGCUUCGUGUAGUGGUAAGCACCCUAAAAUAAUCAAGAUGACUUCCAAGUACAAAAAACAAAUCAUGAAACUUCACAACCAACUGAGGGAUAAGCUGGCAAGUGGAAAAAUGUCCUCAACUUAUGGAACUUUUCCGAGCGCCAUGAAUAUGUCAGAGUUGAAAUGGGACAGCGAAUCAGCUAAACUUGCUGAGUACAAUGUCAAGCAGUGUACUAUGGAGCAUGAUCGCUGCAGGAGUACAUCCAAAUUCAAGGAUGCUGGUCAGAAUAUUUACUAUUCAUCAUGGUCUGAAAAAAGGUCAAAGGACAAAACAAAACUUAUUGGAGAGGCAAUUCAGGCUUGGUGGGAUGAACACAAGGAUUUCUACAUCAACGAGGUGGAAAAAUUCGAGGGUCAAAGCAGAGGUGUACUGCAUUUCACCGCGAUGGCUGUAGAUUACCAAACUCACGUCGGUUGCGCCAUCUCGGAGUACGAUUAUGCCGGAACGGGAGAUACUUUCCUAAUGACCUGUAACUAUUCGUCGUGGACAUGGCUAAGCCAGCCAAUUUAUCAAAAAGGACGCCCCUGCUCCAGUUGUUCCAAGAAAAAAUGCAGCAAGACCUAUAAAUCUCUGUGCAGCGCUUAGUGAAAUGGCGUAAUAUUGGACUGCUUUCCUUUAUUCAGGAGAUUUUAAAGCGUAGGCUGGUUCAUCUUCGAAGGCUUGAUAAAGAUAAAUAAAUAUAAACAUAGAAAUAACAAAGUUGAUGAAGAACUAACACGCCUUUAUAUAAUUUGCUUGCCCUACAUUGGAUGGUCUAAAACGUCCACAAUGUCAAAUGGGGGGAUAUUUUACGCGAUUGUAAAAUUCAGAAUUUAUUUUUGGGUAGCAUUAACCAGUUCAUGUACAACCAUACCAUAGCAAAACGGUAUAGUGGUUCUCAGAAUUUCGUAACAAUUGGCAGUUUUGUUUCUUAUCGAAUUUUUUUAACCAAAAUGAUUUUUUGUUUAAAUCAUAAUUUUUGAACCACAGGGC